GGCAAAAGUUUUGUCUUCCAGCAGAGGUAGUUGCGCCUGCGCGAGAUUUCGCAGAACGCGAACUUCCCACAGUCACAAUUCAGUCACCCUUUUUGCUACGUUCUUUUCUCGUAAUGUACUACUGUAUGUUAAGGUCUUUCAGGGGGAAUAACUUCAUACAACUCGCAAGAGCUUCAGGCUCACAGACUCCACAGUUAUGGGAUACUUCAUCAAAGCUUUGCACUGCAUGUCACACCACACAUUCACCUGUUUCAGGCAGUCUGCAGAGACCCUUGACACACAUUCUGCAAAGACACAGGUCUCUGACAGCAUCAUAUCGCUGUAUGAGCUCCACUGUACAAAGGAGACGCAUGCCAAGUGCCUUUACAGUUAUUGAUGGAGCAUUUCAUCCAUUUCACAAGCACGUAUAUGAAGCAAAUCUCAGGAACAGCCUAAUAUGUCAGCAAAAGUACCUUGACCACAAGCAAAAGGUCUUUAAAGGGGGUGGUGAAAACGCCAUAGCCAGACAUACGCAAAGGAAUCGUAAAGUCUUGGUACGAGAAAGACUCUGUAUGCUGUUGGAUGAUGAAAAUUAUUUAGAGCUUUCUCCUUUCGCUGGAUUUGGACUGCCUUAUGGAGACAUCCCAUCAGCCGGCUGUCUUACAGGAAUCGGUCAGAUAAAUGGACUAUGGUGUGUGUUCAUCGCAAAUGAUGCUACUGUGAAAGGUGGUACAGCAUAUCCCAUCACAGUAAAAAAGCAGCUUAGGGCGCAAGACGUUGCCAUGCAGAAUCGCCUGCCCUGUGUAUAUUUGGUAGACAGCGGUGGUGCAUUUCUACCUUUACAGUCAGAAAUCUUUCCUGAUAAAAAUCAAGGAGGUCGGACCUUUUACAAUGAAGCUGUUAUGUCAGCAAUGAAGAUUCCACAGGUGGCAGUAGUGUGUGGCUCAUGCACUGCUGGUGGUGCCUAUGUGCCAACUAUGGCUGAGGAGGCGGUGAUUGUCCACAGGAUAGGAACAAUUUUUUUGGGAGGUCCACCCCUGGUGAAGGCUGCGACUGGUGAGGAGGUUUCUCCAGAGGACCUGGGAGGAGCCAGGCUACACUCAGAAGUGAGCGGCUGUGUGGAUCAUUUUGCUACGGUUGAGAGUGAAGCAUAUGAGUAUGCCAGAAACAUUAUCUCCACCUUAAACUACGAGCUCCCGGAGGAGAGCAGCACUCAUCCUGAGGAGCCCUUGUACAGUAUUGAUGAUCUCAUGGGUCUUGCCCCACGGAGCUAUGAGUACAGUAUGGAUAUCAGACUAAUUGUGAGUCGACUGACGGAUGGGAGUCGAUUUCAGGAGUUCAAGGCGCGUUAUGGUACCACCCUUGUCACAGGAUUUGCCAGAGUUGAAGGUCAUCAGAUUGGAAUUGUGGCAAAUAAUGGAGAAUUGACAUAUGAAGCUUCCCUGAAAGGCAGUCAUUUUGUCCAGCUGUGUGAUCAAAGAGACAUCCCCCUGGUUUUUCUACAGAACACAUCACCAGUGACUCCACACACCCUCUCACAAGCCAAGGCAGAGUACAAAGUGUCCAUUUUGGCACCGGGACACUCGGAUGCACUGGUGCAGACAGAAGAGGAAAUCACUCAGAUUAAUGAGAUGUUGGAGGAUGAGAGUUCAGCUUUCUUCUCCACCGGCCGACUGUGGGAUGAUGGAGUUAUUCUACCUCAAGACACCAGAAAGGUUUUAGGCAAGUGUUUGAAAAUUAUUAAACAACAGGAAUAUCAGUUGUCCAGGGAAAAGAUGAGGACACCUCUUCUCCGAAUGUAACUCAUUGGACUUAAUAAACACGUAUAAUGAAUGAAUAAUAAAUGAAUAAAAUGUCUCUUUUUAUUACAAAUUUGUAGAUAAUUUGUAAUAAUUUGUUAAAUGAUUUGUA